GGGCACCCCCGUCGUGCACUUCCGCGUGCAUGGCCCUGCUGCCCCGGUCCCUGAGCGCGAGCGCGGGGCCGAGCUGGCGGCGGGCGGCGCGCGCCUUUCUCCCCCGCUUUCCGCUGCCUCAGCCGCGGCCCGCCCGCGCCCUCUCCCGCGCCAUGGCGUGCAGGCAGGAGCCGCAGCCGCAGCGCCCGCCGCCCGCCGCAGACGUCGUGGCCUCGUACGACUACCUGGUGAUCGGGGGCGGCUCGGGCGGGCUGGCCAGCGCGCGCAGGGCGGCCGAGCUGGGCGCCAGGGCCGCCGUGGUGGAGAGCCACAAGCUGGGCGGCACUUGCGUGAAUGUUGGAUGUGUACCCAAAAAGGUAAUGUGGAACACGGCUGUCCAUUCUGAAUUCAUGCACGAUCAUGUUGAUUAUGGCUUUCAAAGUUGUGAGAGUAAAUUCAAUUGGCGUGUUAUAAAGGAAAAGCGUGAUGCCUAUGUGAGCCGCCUGAAUACCAUCUAUCAAAAUAACCUAACCAAGUCCCAUAUAGAAAUCAUCCAUGGCCAUGCAGCAUUCACAAGUGAUCCCAAGCCCACAGUAGAAGUCAGUGGGAACAAAUACACUGCUCCUCACAUCCUGAUUGCCACUGGUGGCGUGCCCUCUCGUCCUCAGGAGAGCGAGAUCCCUGGUGCCAGCCUAGGAAUUACCAGUGAUGGAUUUUUCCAACUGGAAGAAUUGCCUGGUCGCAGUGUCAUUGUCGGUGCGGGUUACAUUGCUGUAGAGAUAGCUGGGAUUCUUUCUGCUCUGGGUUCAAAGACAUCGCUGAUGAUACGCCAUGAUAAGGUACUUAGAAAUUUUGAUUCAAUUAUCAGUUCAAACUGCACUGAAGAGCUGGAGAAUUCUGGCAUAGAGGUCCUGAAGUACUCACAGGUCAAGGAAGUUAAAAAGACUUCCUCAGGCUUGGAACUCUGCAUGGUUACUUCAAUUCCUGGUAGGAAUCCCACCUUGACCACGAUUCCAGAUGUUGACUGCCUGCUUUGGGCCAUUGGGCGGGACCCAAAUUCCAGUGGCCUGAAUUUGAACAAAGUGGGGAUUCAAACUGAUGAUAAAGGUCACAUCAUAGUAGAUGAAUUCCAGAAUACCAGCGUAAAAGGUGUCUAUGCAGUUGGAGAUGUGUGUGGAAAAGCUCUUCUCACUCCAGUUGCCAUAGCUGCUGGCCGAAAACUUGCCCAUAGACUUUUUGAAUGCAAAAAAGAUUCCAAACUAGACUAUGACAACAUCCCCACCGUUGUCUUCAGCCACCCCCCUAUUGGAACAGUGGGACUCACGGAAGAUGAGGCCAUUCAUAAAUACGGAAAAGAAAAUGUGAAGACCUAUUCAACCACCUUUACCCCAAUGUAUCAUGCAGUUACCAAAAGGAAAACAAAAUGUGUGAUGAAAAUGGUUUGUGCCACCAAAGAGGAGAAGGUGGUUGGGAUCCAUAUGCAAGGAAUCGGGUGUGAUGAAAUGCUGCAGGGUUUUGCUGUUGCAGUGAAAAUGGGAGCAACAAAAGCUGACUUUGACAACACGGUUGCCAUUCACCCUACCUCGUCAGAAGAACUGGUGACACUUCGUUGAGAACCCAGGGACUCCAAUGGCUGGCAGCUGGACCAGCAGACCUUCUGAAAUGAACCAAAUAAUCAUGUUUACUCACUGUUCCCCUUUUAUGUGUUUCUUUAUUGUUAUCAGAAUAUUCCAAUAGUGGAAAUUUGCAGUGAAUAGUAAGAACUUAUUUAUGUAAUUAGAAAUUUGUUUUGUUAUCCUGGCUUUCCAUUUGAUUUGCAUCUCACAAUAAUCAAUUAUUUUAAAGUU